AUGAUGAUGAACAGGCGUGGCCUGCCGCAGCAGCAGCAUAGCGCCGCCGUCGCAGCCACCACCAACACAGCAUCAUCAGUCUCGGAUGCAGCCACAACUCCAACAACUAGCGCAUUAUUAAAUGAGAGUAGACAAUUGUUGUUAAAGCAGCAAUUAAAAUUACAAUUAAAUUUAAAUGUUAGUGAAAUGAUGGAUAAUUUAAGACGUAGCGUUGAUAAUGAUUACAACAACAAACAGCAAAAGCAACAGCAACAACAACAGUACGAUGGUGAUCUGAAUUGGAAUCGGAAUCUGAGUUUAACUCGUGUCCAAGAAGAGGAACAGCAGCAGCACGAUAGCAAUAUCAUUGUGUCUAGAAGAAGGGGUACUACCAUGGUGGCUGCCGACAGGGAGGUGAUGGUGACAACAACCAGCAAAGCCUACAAUGCCACAGCCAACAAUGCCAAAGCCCGCAAUGCCCGCCAUGCCAACAUAAAUGCCAUGCAUGCCGCCGCCGAGGAGCAGGGAAACGAGAAUGGACAAAAUAAAUUAGAUACCGUCACAACAGUGCCUCAAUUACAACAAAAAUUUAAUAAAUUUAAUAUAAUAGCCGAUGAAAUAACAACAACAGCAACAACUACGGAUGCCGCUGCAGUGACAACAAGCAUUGGCGCCGCAGUGACAUUAGCGACAACAUCCUUUGCAUCGGCCACCGUUGCCGGUGUAACUGUUACCACUCUCAUGACCUCGACGUCAUUGUCGUUAUCAUCAUCAGCCGCAGCCGCUGGAACAACAACAACCACAACAACAACAGCAACAGCAGCAACAACGUAUACAUCAUUAACACAAAAACAACCAUUGAAUACGGCAUUAGCUAAAUUUAAUCGAAUUAUUGACAAUACAGUGCCGGUAAUAAAUAAUUAUCAACAGCCGUCGCCAUUACAGGUUGCUGAUUCCAUUACCAAAUCACAGCAGCAACAUCCCCAGGAACAACAGCAUAUUGUAGGGAUGCCCAUAUUAAGUGAUAGUUUAAAACGUAGAUUGGCCUCACAUCAUUAUACCGACCUCGUUGUAAAUAAUUCAAAAAUUAAUUUCUCAUACGAAGAUAGAAGAACCAAUGUGGAAGCAACCACUACCACCGCCGCCACCUUCACAACCACUACUACAUCCCAACCACAGUCAUUAUCUAGAACGACAACAGCAACAACAACAACAGCCACAACCACAGAUUCAUCUUCAUUAAUAUCUUUGGAAAGCAUUACCACCAUGCCCAAAAAGGUAUCAAUGGAAGAUGAGUAUGAUGAGGAUGGUGCCAGUAGUGAUUGGAAACGAAAUGAUGUUCAUUAUUUGUUGAAACAAUUAAAUAGUUUUAGUGAUAUUGAAGAAAUAGAAAUUGUUGAUAUGAAGCAAAAACAGCGUCAGCAACAACAAAAGCUUAUUAUUAGAGAACAAGAGCACCAGCUGCAGCAGCAUCUGCAUCUGCCAAAUGCUGUUGUUCAACCGCUGACUCAGAGUCAAACGGAAAUUGCCGCCUCCGCGCACUUGCUGGAGGCGAAAAACCUAACUGUGGCCUUGCCACCCACACCACCUGAACAAUAUGUUACUAAUGCUUCCUCAAACAUAAUAGCCCAAUCCCAUAGUUAUGCCUACACGACCACAACACCAAGUAUUUCCUCCUCCUCCACCUAUCACACGCAUCCUCCCGUUUCCAGUUUACCUCAAUAUAUUUCUAGUUAUUCAGCACAUAUUUCGGAGCUUACACAACACUCUGGCAGCGGAAUAGUCGCUGAUUCUGAGCAUGAGCUUGAACAGCAGCAACGGCACGAUGCAGCAGCAGCAGCAGUUACUCACAUGGAAAGCAAGCAACAUUCCACAUCUCCCCUAGUAGAUUCACCCACAGCCACUUCACUUGUGAUAUACUCACCAUCGUCACAAUCGCACAAAGGCAUACGCCGUUAUGCCUCCCUAAAUCAGCAACAGUCACCGGAUGAAGAUGAGGACAGUCAUCUGCAUCAUCACUAUCAUCAACGCCAGCAUCAAUGCUUUCAUCCACAACAUCACCACCACCAUCAUACACACCAUCACCCGUUUACACAUACUAGCGCCCGCCUAACACACGAGCAUUAUUCCGAAGGAUCCAUACUGGACUCUGCUGUGGCAGCACGAGCUGCAGCAGCCUGUGAUCCGCUGGCCUUACAACAAUUUGUGGAUGAUUAUAUAUUUCAAUCCUGCCAUUAUUUGGAAACAAAUAAUUUUGCCGCCAACUAUUGCACUGCCAUGGUCGAGUCCUCGUCACACGAGUUUCGGCCGUCAACCACCACCACCACACGCACCUCCAAUGAGGAGUACGACGAUGAGGAGUGUUACGUUGAGGAUCAUUCAUCGGCCCAUUCGUUUGAGCUGCAUGAAUGUGAGCCGCCCACAGUGAUAUGCAAGGCCCCGGCACCGCUGGCCGCCGACAACACAUUACUGGCUCAACCCCAACCGAUGCGCUCCUCAAUGCGUCACUUGGCACCGAUAACAUCAAUGCCCACAGCACCACAAGCCACACCACCACAAUAUACAAUGGAGACACGUUUAUGUAGCAGCGGUGUACAGACUGAUUUAACGGCUUCAUCUUUAGCGCAAAGUUUUAGCCUUAGUUCAUCGACAUCAUCGUCAUCAUCAACGGAACAACGUAAACGUAAACAGCCAAUAUUCAAGUGUUGCUACACACCCCUGGAUCGGUGGCGGGAAAAACGACAACAGCAACAACAAAUCGAAUUAAAGAAACGCACAAAAACUGUUGUCGCCGAACACCAACAGUUGACUGCUCACACCAAUGCCAGCCAUGAUAGUAAGGCUGCUGCCACCACCUCCACUACCACCAUCACAACUCGGUCGUGUUUGAAAAACACCAAAGUUAGUGUAAUGGCGGUAAGCGGUGGCGGUAGUAGUAUGGCCGGUGUUUCCGGUUCCUCUGGUAUUCAUAAUGCAACCACAACCACCACCACCACCACAACAUUAUCAUCCGCCGCAGCCAUAGUUGUCCAUUCACAGCAUCAUUCUUUACCAACAAAAAAUGCACCUUAUGCAGUUUGACAAAUGCCUUUGAAGCAACAUGUUUUUUGGUUUUUGGAAAAAUGUUGCUUGCUUUCUAGCCAUUUAUAUAUAUACUCUUACCUUAAACUAACAAACAACAACAACAACAACAAAAAUACUAAACGAUACAAAAACAACAAACACUAUAUAGUUUUCCUUUUUGUAAAAAUAUAAAAAAAAAAUGGAAAUUUUUGCCGCCCACUUAAAUACAAAAAAAAAUUAAACAACAAAAAAAAUAUUGAAAAAAUUACAAAAAAAGAAAACACACAAUGAAUGAACAAAAAAAAGUAAAACAAAAAGAAAAUAUUUAAAAAGCCGCCGCUGUCUUAUUUUUGUAAAUCUAUUUUUUCUCUUUUGCGAUAUCAACAAUUUUUUGCUAUUUCCUAAACAAACGAAAACAACAACAACAACAAAAACAUAAAUUAAUAAUAACAACAAAAAUACUAAUUUUGUAUAACCUCUUUACACACAAAACCAAAACCAAAAAAAAAGUAAACAAAAAACUCCAAAUCCUCCCUUCCUCCCCCUCCUCCAUCAAAACACACAAUUAAACAAAAUCUAAUUUUGAAAAGAAAAAAAAUCAAAAUUAAAUUUUCCUUACAUGCAUAACGUACACUCAUUAUAUACAUAUAAAUAUCAAUCAAAUUCACCACGCUAAGCAAUAUCUGGUAUAUUUCUUCUAACAAAAUAUCACAGUCAUCUUUCUUCCUAAAAAUGAUUUUUCUUUUAUUUUUGUUUUUUGAAAUCUACACAGCUCCUUACAACUAUUCACCCAAUAAUAAACAAAUAUAUAUAUAUAUAUAUAUAUCUUUAAUAACAAUAACAUUAAAACUAUUUCAAGGACAAAAAUAAAAUUCACAAAACAUAUUUCUUCUUUCGCAACAAACACACCCACACAUCUAUCUCCAUUAAUAAAGCAGAAGUUUGUUAUAAACAAAAAAUGGUUUAUUAAAAAUACAUGAUUAUAU